UCAUUAACAUGUAAAUUAAUGUUAAUGUCAAAACUUAAAAACGAAGGCGUGAAUACGUCAUCUCUUGGAAAAAAACACUUUCCCUGCGCGAGAGGCUGAAGCCUUGUCAGUGAUAUCGACAUUUCCCACCGCGCGUGAACGCAGCACCCGCUGCUGUUUAGAGCAGAAGGCGAGCAGAGCUUGAGAGACAGGGACAAGGACAAGGACACUUGGAGACGCACGGACACCGCCGGAUCUCCGCCACAAUCUGACCUCGUGUCUGCCGCCUGUGAUGCUUUGGUCUCGGGUUGUGAUGCUGUUGUGAGCCUCUGAUCCGCCAACAUGAGUCUCUGCAAUACCCACCUCCCCGUCCCCCCUCCCCCACCUCCAUCAUGCCCGUCCUCAAGAACCUCCCAGUGCGUCUGAAAGGCGGCGGUCCGACUCUCGAAAACGCUUGGAUUCUCCGCAGGAUGAGCCUCAACAUCACCCCACACCAUCACCACCACAACCCCUUCGACGACGACGGCAUCCAUGACAAUGGUGGCCACGACAACCAUUGGUCCCCCGGCAGCUCGCUUCUGGAUGGCGACGUGCCGAGAGACCGCAACCCGUUUGAGGACGAAGAGGACGAGAACGAGGCCAAUGAGGGGAAGAAGGGAAGCGGUGGUGGAGGCAGUGGCUCAGCGAAGGGUUCCUUCAAGUUCAAGUCACCGCUGAAGAGUCUGGGAAAGCUGGGGAAGUCACUGAGGUCGUCAGCGCGAAGCAAAGGAAAUACCACUCCAUCCCCACAGGGGACAAUGCAGGGAACGCCUUCACCUGGAGAGAAGAAGAAGAGAGGGAGGAGGAGCUCGGAAGGAAGUUUACUCAGGUUUGCAGGGAAAUAUCGCGACACCCUCAGCUCCUACAAAGAGUCGUUCAAUGGUGAGCUGAACUGUACGGAAAGUGAGUGUGACUCCACCAGCCGCCGCGUGUCCUUCAUGAAGAUGGUCGGCCGGGGGAAGCUGAAGAAGGAGUCGAUGGCCGACCGCACAUCGCAGGGUACCGAGGACCCGUCUGUACAAGAGGUGGUGGUGGUGGAGGACGUGAAGCCCAGGGAGCCACUGUCGGUCCUGGAGAUCCUGCAGCUGGUGAAAAAGCGGGACCUGCUUCUUGCUGACUCCCACAUCCUGGAACUGGAGCAAGAGUGCAAUGAGUCUGCUGCAGCCGAGCGCGGUGCUGUGACACAACCCGAGGACACCACCAGCCCGAGCGUCAAAGACGGUGGGCGGAGGAAGGCGAAGGAUGUAGAGCUGCUGUACGAGGAGCUGCAGAAGGAGCUGUGGGCCGUGGUGAGAGAGUCCCUGCGGUCCCCCACAGCUGGGCCCAACUUGGGCCUGGUGGUUCAGGUACUGCAGCAAGAGGAGCAGGCUGAUAAAGACUGGGCCGUCAGUGUGGGUGCGGCCCCUGGGGGCCCAAGGCCUCGGCAGCUGAAGCAGAGGUGGAAAGAGGCAAUUGAGGAGGCGGCUGACGGGUCGCUGCCUCAGAAAGCAGAGUUCACCGCCGGCGAGCUGGACGGCUACCUUAGUCGACUCAGAGCCCGUGUGGUGGAGGACCUGGGGGCUGCCAACAGAAACGUGGUGUCCAUUUAUCCAGAAGAGUACCAGGCCUUCCAGGUGUACGUGCAGAGUUACCACCAGGCGGUUGCCAGGCGACUGGAGGCCAUAACUGACAACCAGCUGGAGGUCACAGACAUCUACUCACUUCUGGACUGGCUGCAUAACAUCUACGACAGGGAUGUUCUGGGCACUGUGUGCAUCACAAGUCCAUUCAACCGUUCACAGCUCAGUCCUCUGCUGCCUUCAGACACAGUAGACAGACUGGAGCUGGACUGUCUCAACUCUGUCAGGGCAAAAGUAACCACAGAGCUCAGUCAGGUCCUGGACGAGGAGGAGAAGCGAUGGAUGGAGACGCUGCACAUCGAGGAGUAUCACAUCACUCUGGCCAAGACCGUCAUCCAGAGGCUUCAGGUGGAUCUGGAGCGUUCGGCCACUAUAAACCGCAGUCUGGGCUCGAGAGUUGCUCAGUGCAGUCUCAAUGGCCUCGCUGACUUCCUCUACAGUUUCCAGCGUAAAGUGGAGAUGUUCCAUGAGGGGAUGCAGAGUGGGAUGUUCGGAGAAAACGAUGACGGAUACGUGUCCAAAACCAUCGCCCUGGUCAACUGCUGUCCUCCGUUCAGAGGUUUUGUGCAGCGCUGUGCUCAGUGUGAUCCGUCCGUCAGCGAGGACUCUCUGCGCCGAGCCAACAAAGCUCUGGAUCACAUCGUUCAGCAAGGAGUCAGAGUCCUGUCAGAGCGGCUGUACUUGACCAUCAGGCCUUUCUUUGAGCGUCUGGUGAAGAGGAAGUGGCUCGGUAACACAGAACCGUAUGAGCAGAUCGAGGCUCUUGUCAAAGAGCAUUUUAAGAAGUUCCACAGGAUGGACAGUCCUCCAUACCAGUUGCUGGUGGCGGAGGUUCACCGCCGCGUUGUGAUGGAGUACCUUCGCUCAGUCAUGCGAGGCCGCAUUAUCUGCACCUCGAUGAAGAUGAGGAAGAAGAUGGCUGGACGCCUCAGGGAGGAAGGCAAACAGAUCAAAGUCCUGUUCAAAGACCUGGAGUCUCCGUCCGGCUGGUUGGACAGUGCGCUGUCUCACAUCUCGGAGAUCAUCCAGCUGGAGGACGUCCCCUCCAUCCAGAUGGAAGUCGGAGUUCUGGUCCAAGAGUUUCCAGAUGUCAGAAAGAAACAUGUGUCAGCCAUUUUAAACAUCCGGGGGAUGACUCGGCAGACAGAGCGUCAAGAGAUCCUCAACAUUGUCAAGGACAUCGAGAGUGGCGAUGGCGGCACCAGCUCAGCACGAAUGUCACGCGACCGCGCCCUCUUCUCUGAGGUGCCCGUCACCUCCGAGGUCCACUGCCUGAAUGUAGGCCUGAGCCGCAUCGCCCUCACUGCGUCAUCCUGCUUUACAGCACUGCGACCGCGCCGUCGCAAAACCCGGACACCCAUACAGGAAAACCCUGAUGAUGUGCUCUGAAGAGCCACACUAUGAGAUUUUUAAGUUCAUCCCUGAAGUGAAACUGUGGCUGUUUGAGUUCCAACAUGUCCUGCAGAACGCUUUUAUUAUUAAUUUAACUCCAUAAACACUCUUGAAUAUUAUCUGCUGCUUGACAGGAAUCCACCGAAAUCAUGACCAUUGAUUCGCUCUGAAGUUGUUCAGCAAACAAAAAAAAAAAGAGAAAAUUAUUUAAAUGUCUAGAUCCUAGCUAAAGAUGGUAAUGUCAGUAAAAGUUUUAUUGAUUUGAAAUCAGAGAAAUUCUGGAAGCUUAUAUUGUUUCGCUUUUAACCUGUGAAUUCAUUUCUUCAGUUGAAAUUCACUGUCAUAAUUAUUGGUUUGAGGCCUGGUCACAUCAGGAAAACCAUAAAACAAUUUUAAGGCAAUGCUGGCACCUUAGUGACCUGGAGGCUAAUACUAUUUAAUGACCAGUGACUGAAGCCAGCAUUGUCCACUGACCUACAGACUCAGUCUAACAUUGUUUUGUGACCUAGCAACGAGGCGAACAUUAUUCAGUAAUCCUAAUGACACCAGAUGUUAUACAUGUAUUCCAGUUGCAAUACAGCCAUACAUUUUGAAUGUUGGAUGAAUCUUGAGGCUGACUGGCUUUUGUAACAUUGCGUCAUUCAAGUUUUGUUUGACUUAUUGAUAUUACUGAAUAUGAUAUUUCAGCUCAAAUGACUGAAGCAAACAAUGGAAAUGACGUAUCCUCACAGGAUUCACAACUGUUGGGAAGUUCAUGACUAUUUGUGUCUGGUUUUAUUGUUUCCCCAGCAGCUGAUGUGGAGCAUCAUCAUCAUCAUCAUCAUCAGUGAUGUAAUGAUGUCAUUUCAUCAUUCAAUUUUAGAGGCAAACACACCAUUAGAGUUUAGAGAUCAGACUGUCAUGACCAUUCCAGGUCUACUUUGUUUCUGUUUUGUUCAGGAUCAGUAAACUAGAAUGUGGAAAAACGGGGACCUUGGUGGACUUUUUAAAUCCAGGGCCUGAGCAGACCUCAGGAUCAGUUCUGUUUUUUUUAAUUCCAGGACCUGGACUGCCCUCAGGAUCUGUUCUGUUUUUUUUAAUUCCAGGGCCUGGAUGAGCUUCAGGAGAUCAGUUAUUGGUUUUUAAUUCCAGGACCUAGACUGCCCACAGGAUCUGUUCUGGGUUUUUGAUUCCACGGCCUGGACUGCUUUCAGGAUCAGUUAUGGGUUUUUGAUUCCAGGGCCUGGACUGCCUUCAGGAUCAGUCCUGGGUUUUUGAUUCCAGGGCCUGGACUGCCUUCCGAAUCAGUUCUAGGUUUUUAAUUCUGCAGCCGGGUUUGCCCUUAGGAUCAGUUCUGGGUUUUUGAUUCCAGGGCCUGGAUGGGCUUCUGGAAAUAAGUUCUCGGUUUUUAAAUGCAGGACUAGGACUGCUUUUCAGGAUCAGUACUUGGUUUUUAAUUCCAGGAUUUGGACUGCUCAUCAGGAUCAGUUCUGGGUUUUUGACUCCAAGGCCUAGACUGCAUUAACAUCAGUUCUUGGUUUUUAAUUCCAGGAUCUGUAGACACUUCAUGAUUGUUGCACAUGAUUUAAUCAAAGGUACUAAAAGAAAAAGUGUCUCAAUCAGUCGAUUGUGUAUUUAAAGCUUUUUGUGUAUUUAAAGCUUGUUGAUCAUAGUUGAUGCUCUUUGGUGUCGGGAUGUUUCCUUUACAGAGACAAAACCAAUGUAUUUAGAUUAGAUUAUUCUGUUGAUCUGAAUAUAACAGACUUUUGAUCAACAGUUUAGAUGUUAUAAGAAGGAGCUCUCUUGCUGUGCACAUUAUAGAGAACUACAUUUAAAAUUUAAUGAACAAUC